ACAGGCAAUCUCCUCAAUAUUGCAGGAGCUACAAGUGGCGUCUUCCAAGCCGGUGCAGCAAUCGGAGUUAUCGUAACUGCCGUCGUCCUCGAUCGCCUUGGUCGCAAGAACAGUUUUUAUGUCAACGCCAUCAUUGGACUCUUUGGCGGCACCUUGAUCGUCAGCGCGCAGAACAUUUCCAUGUUCCUUGCUGGCCGCUUCUUUGCGGGCUGGAGCAGCUUCAGCUUCCUGGUGCUGACUCCGGUGUACACCACUGAGCUUUCCCCGCCUCAGUAUCGGGGCUUCUUUGUGGGCCUCAACGGGGUGUUCAUUGCCACUGGGUACUCACUCGCUGCUUGGAUCGGCGUCGGUUUCUCGUUCCAUUCGAAUCCAGUCACCCAGUGGCGAGGUCCGCUGGGCUUGUAUCUCAUCUGGCCAACGCUCCUGAUUGUCAUAGCCUACCUGUCACCAGAGUCGCCCCGCUGGCUCAUGCUACAGGACCGAGUCGAGGAGGCAAAGCAGGUCAUCUUCAGACUGCAUUCGACAAAGGGAGACGACACGUUCGCGGCGCAGGAGUUUGAGGAGAUCAAGAGACAGACGGCGAUUGACCAAAAGUUGGAGACAUCCUGGGUCUCCAUGUUCACCAAGGCAUCUUAUCGUCGGCGUGUCGCUAUUACUUGCCUCUACUGCUUCCUUGGCCAAUCGACGGCUAUUCUGGUCAUUAACAACUACGGCCCUACGUUCUAUGCAGCCCUCGGCUUCGACGUCAGGCAGACGCUCUUCUUGACAGCAGGAUGGGUAUCGGUCUCAAUCCCGUUCUGUCUCAUCGGCGCCUUCUUAUCAGACAUCGUCGGUCGUAGACCGAUUAUGUUAAUCGGUAUCGGUGGUUGUUGCAUCUGCCUGAUAGUCGAGGCUGCCGCAGUUCGAUACUUUGAGAUGGAUCCAACCAGGAAGGAUAUCGGUGCGCUCGGCGUGGCGGCUCUGUUCUGCUUCAACGCCGUCUACCAGCUCGGUGUUGAUGUGGGUGGCAAUGUCUUCUACAGUGAGGUGUUUCCCAACCACAUCCGAUCGAAGGGUGUGGCGUUGGCGAACCUGGUCCUUGCCUUGGCCGAUCUUGUCUAUCUGCAGGUCACUCCGUACGCUUUCGCCAAUGUUGGGUGGCGUUUUUUCCUGGUCUUCAUUGUCAUUUCUGGUUUAGGAUGGAUUGUCUUGUAUUUCAUACUUCCCGAGACCCGAGGUAUGCCGCUAGAAAGUAUAGCAAAACUUUUUGGAGACGAUCCGGCUACAAUCGCAGCGCUCACCGAGAGCAACGCCGAUGAAGUGCGAGUCCACAACAUGAAGUCGGAGACGGGCGAGGUCUAA